AUGGCGAAGGGUCAGUCGUCGGCGUCGUCUGCGACGCGCAAGAAACACGCCCGCAAAAGUGGCAAGGAUACUCCAGCACCGGAACUCCUGCCUCGCGAGAAGAAAGCAAAAAGUAAAGACAAGGGCAAGAACAAGGAGCCAAAAAAGAAAGUAUACAUUGCACCUGCGAAGCCUGCGCCUGUUCAGCAAGAUCCGCUCGAUACACUGGGACUCGCGCAUCAGCUGCCGCCAGAAUUGCUAGUAGUCCUCCGAAAAUUCAGUAAGAAGGAUGCUGUGACAAAGACGAAGGCUUUGGAAGAGUUGCAGGCUGGGUGGAUCGACAAGGCGAAGAAGGAGGAGGAAGGGAGCUAUACAUCGGAGAUAUUGGUGCUCAUGUUACCAGUUUGGCUGCAUUACAUCCCAUCACUGUUCACGCAUCCCUCACGGCGUAUACGCUUGCUCACGGCAGGACUACACUCAACUCUCCUGCGUAUUCCUCAUCUACGCGAUCAAGUCUUCUUCUUUAUCCGCGAUGUUGCAUCUGAGGAUCAGGCCGAGUCGAUAUUAGGCAGCUGGUGCAUGGCUUCCCGAGAUGUCGAUCGCCAGGUCUCUAUCUACGCGCGCCGUUCCUGGGAGGAAGCCACUUCGCUCGUAGUCUCCGCCGAUAAACUGCAUAUAUUCGGCACUCUUUUACAUUCUCUCAUUGCCUUCGUGCAGCGAGCCAUCCUCAAUCCCACAGAACUUUAUCUAUACCUUAAUCCUGUUCAGGUUGCUGUGGAUCUAACACCGCCAAAGAAGGUGCAUGGACGCGUUGUGCCAAGUGCACCAGUCAAGAAAGAGGAUGAGGACGGCGGUAGUCGUAUGAGAGGUGAUGGAGAUGAAGAAAACGACUCGGACAGGAGGGCUAGAUUGAGGGUCGGAGGAUUGGGUGUUGUGCAAUGGUUACUAGAUGCGCGCGCGAAGAAUGCCGGAUCUGAAUCCCUCCAAGACCUGAUGGACAUGCUCUCCAAUCCGGCUCUCUGGAGCUCACUUCAUUAUGCAGACGCGUGUCCCUUUGUCGACAUGGAGAGCUUUGGACUCGCGCAGCCUGUUGUACGAACAUCUGCAUGGUCUUUGCUUCAGGUUUUGCUCCAGCACUGGAGGGAUCAAAUGGAUCCAUUGGUAGAGUUAUUAAGCGUCGCAGUGCUCCGCUCUGCGUUUGUAGAACCAGACACUCAAGUGAGAAGUGUUAUGUGGCGGCCCUUAUUGACUUUCCUCAAAGAGUUUCCGCGCGCUUGGGAGUUGGAGGCUUCGGUCGACUUAAAUAAACAAUACGACGGCGAAGAUGAUUCAGAAAUGGAAGAUGCGGACGAAAGCACCAAUUCUCCUGCACCGGGCACUGAAGCUCUAACGCCUGUAACGUCUAGCUCUCAUUCGAAGGCGUACCAUGAAUUUUUACAAUUCUUGGAGCUCGGAUGCUCAGGGUCACCGCUUCAAGGAUAUCCGACAGUGCUAAUUAUUCUCUCUACAAUUCCCUCCUCUAUCCUCCUAGCCUCUUCGUCGCCCCCGACCUAUCCAGCUGCAGACUUCUUCACCUCAUUCUGGGCAGCUAUAGAUGGUCGCGCAUUGAGCGCAUUGGAGCGCGCAUCUACUUCCAGGGAAUUUCUCUCCGCCCUCCUUGAGUGCAUGACCUUCAUCAUACGGCGUGUGCGGAACGGUUCACCUCCAGCAGGAGAAGUACAACAGACACAAGUGAAUAGUAUCGAUGAUGCAGUGAAAAAGCUUGUGGCAGAUCAGUACGCGCGCGUGUGGCAGGAGCUCGCUGCCACAAAGUUGAGACUUGAUGCGACUGUAGCUGGUGUGCUGAUGGCAAACAACUUACAGAUACUGGAACGAGUCGACAUCAGUCUUUUUGAUGCGGCGUGGGAUGCAUUUUCCCCGUCCAUGAAAACACACGCUAUGAUCGCCGGCGCACAUGAUUCGCAUCUCGUGUCGACGGUCCUGAAGACCUUUUGUGCGACAUUCGAACGCGGAAGCCGUGUCCAUACGAUUGGGAACGCGUUCAUUCAUACUAUCGCUGGAGAUAUAUCUACCCGGUGUCAGAGUAUAUUGGCUUCACUUGAAGCGGAGACAGAGACUGGUAGGGCACGCGAAGCUGUGGCCACUCUUGCAGAUGUAAUCGAGGCAUUUGGGGAUGCCUUAUUCCACGAGACCGAGUUUGCACUGCUUAUUGAUCAGACAAUCCGAACAUACGCAUAUACCUUGCUCACCCUCUCUCCCCAUCUGCUCGUGGUUUACCUCUCUCAUCGUCAAGAUCAAGUCGGUACAUUACAUCUCUGGCUCACUCUUCUAUCGUCCAUCUCGACGCAUUCGGAUGCUAUCUACACCACUCUGCCGCCACUGGUCGACGCUGCGCAGGCUGGUGUUCUCCCAGAACAUCUUACCGCUGCGGAAGGAGAAUUCGACCAAUCAGUUAACAAGCUAUUUGCAGAUGCAGUCGGGGGUCACGAUACUUCUUCUUUGCCGUUGUUGUUGAGGCUUAUACGCAUUGCGAAACCCUUCGUGACGGAUGACUCUUUUGAGGCCCUACUCGAAUACGCUAUUUCUGACUUCGGCGAGAACUUCGAGUCGGUAUCUUCAAGAAACGAAGUGGACUUGGCGAGGCUCGACGUGCUUUUGGAUGUUUUAUCUACGUCCUUUGAAGUCAGGCCAGAGCUGUCCUCGGACGAAUCUGUUUGCUCGUCCCUAUUACCUAGCCUUUUCCUCUUCGCCUACUUGUUGCCCAAGUGCUGUGAUUUGGACGGUGCGCGCUCGGUCGUGCUAGCAAAGGCUCUUUGGACAUCAUGGUUCGGUCGUGCGACCGAUGGUCUGAGAGCUGUAAUCUUGGAGAUGAUCAUCCAUCAAUUGCAUGACGCUGUGUGGGAUGUCAGCACACGAGCGAGCCCUCGCGACAUCAUCAAGGUUCUGACGGAAGACAACCCUGGAGUGACAAGCGUCGCCUUCGAGAACAUACUGCCUUCUCAAGCUCGUCUAUAUGACGAGCUGAAGGCUUCACGCUCUGAUCCUGCGCAUCCAAGUUUAGCGAUCAACCAUCCUCUUGUCCCUCCAUCAUCUACGUUCGACCCAGCAAAAGGUUCCGGAUGUUCUACAGAUAUAUAUGGGUUCACCUCAUAUGCAAGAGCUGUCAGCACUCUUCUUUCCGUCUUCGUAGAAGAUCGCCAUGCAGCGAAGACGAGCAUAUGGGCCUUGCGCCAUUUACUUGUUCUUUCAUUCUACGCUGAUGAGUUGAUGCAGAUGCCAUUGUCUCCUAGUCCUAUAUUUUCGGACAGGAUCUUAAAGAAUGUACUUGUCGAUCUCAUCACACAAGUACGACAACUGGCGGCGUAUAUGCUGGUCGUGCCAUCAGAGGGUAAAUGGCAUGCAACUGUGGUUUAUGCGGUCUCCGAUGGCAGGCCGAAGGUCGAAGGAGAACUGGCCCAAUUUGUUGUCGAGUUGGUCAGCGCUGCGAUGCGGACAGACUCAUAUAGGGACUCGGCAGUUUUGUUGGCUGCGUUGCAGUACAUAGUUGGAGACGCGGAUAAAGGAGAGGCAGAUCUAUGGAUGGGGUUGGCUCGUAAGAUCGAAAAGUCGGCACCCCAGACCGCACUUGCGAUUAUCACUGCUGUGGUCCAGUUCGGCUCAGAGCCACCACGAUUGGAGCGGUACAGGAAUGAGCUGGCUGCUGGGAUACUAGGCAUUCCCUCGACAAAAGCCAACACCGACGGUGUCCUCUUGCUGCGAAGGCUGGCAGCCACUGCUCCCGACUUUGAUUCAGAUGUGGUGUUCCUCCCUCAACCGCGAGCCGUGAACUUCAUGAAACAAUGUCAGCAAUGGAUAGCCUCCGAUGAGGAAAUCGAUGAAGACGUGGAGAGCGAGAUGACGGCGGUCUUCUACCAUCUUGUACCCAUAUUGCAAAAUGUUUCCGGAAGUCAUUGGGAUUUCAUCUUUGAUGUUAUUGAAAACAAUCUCGAGAACUCCUCGUUCGACGACGAUAUGACAUUGACGAUCUUGUGGAGGACGAUACGGCUUAUCCAGGUCAUUGAAGAUCAAGUGACAUAUAAUAAGGCAUUGCGUGCAGAUUGGCAACGGAGGCAGAUAGCAAUAUUGAGUUUGCUGAGAGACCUUGUUGCCUCUGAACCCAAAUCCCCUUCUUUGUCCACCCCACGAUCAACGUGCAGAGAAGCAGCGCUGUCCAUCGUCCAAAACCUACCUCAUUCCUUGAUCAACCAUGAGAUGCUGUCCACAAUGUCUCAUCUCCUCUCAGACCCUUCAAUCGACGUCCAGAAGAUGGCUUAUGAUCUUCUUCGUGAAGCGGCGAAGAAGCGAACUGAAUAUCUUGUGAUCGAAUCUGGCGUGAACACCGAGGAUGUCAAGAUCGAUCUACCUGUGGAACUCGUCAACUUACUUCAAUCAACAUUAGACGAAGAGGAGGGAUCGCCGUUUGCCUGCAUGUUAGGCUGGAUGGUCACCUUCGAUCUGUUCCAGAACGCUUCGAUGAAAGUGAGAUCGGGGUACACGGAACACCUGAGAAGCCUGGACCUCAUUGCGAAACACUUCAUACCACUGGUGUUGGAUGCCCUGGGGUUAUAUGGAAGAGCCGGACAGUUCUUCAAGCUAGGCAUAUGGGCAGUGGACGAAUUUUAUCUCGAAUCAUUUGACCCGGAAAAUACCCUCAGCCUACCGCUCUUUGCUGCUCAUCUUUACUAUCGUGGGCUUGUAACCGCUCCGUCUCUCUUCCGCAUGUGGCUUUUGGACUGCAAAGAUUACACACUAUCGACGUCGGUCGGAAACUACACAUCGCAGCACUUCUCGCCCGUUAUCAUCGGGCACGAGCUCGGACACGUCAAGAGCCCGGAAGUGACUUCCGAGCUGAACAGCGACAACUUCGCCGUCAAGGUCGCAAGCAACACGAACGAAGUGACGGGUGUGUUCACUGUCGACGAGCAGCAGCUCGAGAUCAUCCUCAAAAUCCCAACGGAUUGGCCACUGCAUGGGAUCGAAGUCAAGGAGUCGAAGCGGGUCGGUGUCACGGAAAAUCGCUGGAGAGGCUGGUUACUGGGGACGCAACAGAUCGUCAUGUAUCAGAAUGGACAUAUCGCGGAUGCUCUGAGUCUCUUCAAAAAGAACGUCUCGCUACACUUCGAGGGCUUGAUAGAAUGCGCGAUCUGUUACUCUAUCAUCAGUGCCAUCGAUGGAGACAGGCCUCGCAAACCAUGUAAGACGUGCAAAAACUUGUUCCACUCGUCGUGUCUCUUCAAGUGGUUCCAUUCAAGUCACUCGUCUAGCUGUCCGCUGUGUCGCUCAGAUAUAUUUUAG